CACUUGUUUUAUUUUCUUUCCCUUCUCUCUUCUCUCCAUUUUCCAUUUAUUUGGUUAUUCAAUUCACAUUGAACAAAGAGGAGAAUCCAAGCUCCAUUAAUAUAAUCUUAUAUAUAUAUUAUUAUAUUAUGUUUUCCGAUUUCAUUUCAGAAAGUAAAAAGCAUUAAAUCAAAUUGAUUGAAAUGGAAAGCUGUGAGGAUAAUGGAGCACAUUUUGAACCUCCUGAUCCGGAUAUUCUUGAGGUGGAUCCAACUGGCCGAUAUAUACGAUACAAAGAGGUGCUUGGAAAAGGCGCCUUCAAGAGAGUAUAUAAGGCAUUUGAUGAAGUGAAUGGACUUGAAGUAGCAUGGAACCAAGUUCGUAUUGAUGAGGUUUUACAAUCACCCGAUGACUUGGAAAGGCUUUACUCUGAAGUGCAUCUUUUGAAGUCCUUAAAUCAUGGCAAUAUUGUGAGGUUUUACAAUUCUUGGAUUGAUGACAAAAAUAAAACUGUUAAUAUCAUCACUGAGUUGUUCACCUCCGGUAACUUGAGACAGUAUUGCAAGAAACAUAGAAAUGUUGACAUGAGAGCAGUGAAAGGUUGGGCAAGACAAAUUUUAAUGGGUUUGAACUAUCUUCAUAAUCACAAGCCCCCCAUAAUCCAUAGGGAUCUCAAAUGUGAUAACAUCUUUAUUAAUGGUAACCAAGGAGAAGUUAAAAUUGGAGAUCUUGGUUUAGCCACUGUAAUGGAGCAAGCCAAUGCCAAAAGCGUAAUCGGAACUCCAGAGUUUAUGGCCCCUGAGUUGUAUGAUGAGGACUACACUGAGUUGGCCGAUGUUUAUUCAUUCGGAAUGUGCAUGCUUGAGAUGGUUACUUAUGAAUAUCCGUAUAGCGAAUGUCGAAAUUCUGCUCAAAUUUAUAAAAAGGUUUCAUCUGGAAUCAAGCCAGCUGCAUUGUCUAAAGUAAAGGAUCAAGAAAUGAAAAAAUUCAUAGAGAAAUGCAUAAUCAAAGCAUCUCAAAGAUCAUCUGCGAAAGAGCUUCUAAUGGAUCCUUUUUUGGAAGCCAAUGGAUUAGCAAAAAACCGUCCUUUGCCACUUCCUGAUAUCGUAAUGCCGAAAACAUCAGCAUUCGGAGAUCGAUGUUUAGUGUCAGAAGGGCCUGCAAAUGCAAGAAAUAAAGCUCCUUCCAUGGACAUGGACAAUGAUCCCGGCAUUCCCAUUAUCGCAUCUUUUCAAAAUUCUUCGUGUGUGGAGGUUCGACGAGCACGCAAAGGCAAUAUAUUCUUUCUUAGAGGCGAAGCUAACGACGAAAACUCGGUUUCAUUGAUACUCCGCAUUGCUGAUCAAAAUGGUUCUCGGGUAAGGAACAUUCAUUUCCUAUUCUAUCUUGAUGGGGACACUGCUUUAUUAGUUUCAAGCGAAAUGGUAGAACAAUUAGAGCUUGAAGAUCAAAACAUUAACUUCAUAGCAGAACUUAUUGAUUUGUUGCUAUUAAAUUUGAUACCAAAUUGGACGCCUUGUGUUCAAGUUGAGCAUCUACUUCGAAAUAAAUCACACAAAAGUCGCGACAACCAGAAGAACUACAAGUCGCCAUCAGAAAAUGGAGACCAUAUUGUUCAAAAAGCAACAAGUUACUCGAGCAACCUUGAUUCGGGUUCAGUUUCAAGAACACAAGUAGAGGACCAUCAUCGCGGAAUUUCAAAACUUAACGAGAUGCUAUCUCAUGUUGACGAGUUUGGCAACCAUAGUACGACAAUGGCCGAAGAUUUAAUUUCGGAGAAAUCAUAUGUUUCGGCAGCAUCUAGUGAAUGGAAUGAUAAACGAUUAUCUUUCAAUUCAUGUAUCACUACGGAGUUAGGAUUUUUCGAGUUUGACGGGCAAGGACUCAAAGGUUCUCAACCGGACCUUUUGGCUACCAUGGAGACAAACAACAAAGUAGUAGACACAAAUACGGAGAUUUCUUCAUCUUUUUCUAAUAAUGAAAGGCUUCGAGAAGAAUUGGAAAAGAUAGAAGUUGAAUAUCAAAAAGAUAUUAAAGAUAUAGCUAGAAAAAGACUUGAUGAUAUUUUGGAGACAACAAAAAGGUUGUCCUAAAAUAGUGUAGAAUUAGUUUAUUAGUUUUCACUAAUUUGUAUAAUCAUAACUAGACGUGUGUAAACAAAGAUAAAUGUGAUUAUAUAAUUUUGAACUACCUAUUUCUUUGAAA